AUGCGUUCUCUAUUUCCACACAAAAAUGAAAUCCAGUUCUCCAACGGCGCUGCCCUGGAUGACCAGACUGACUUGCUGGGCCCCGGCAGCCCUGUGUCUCAGGUUGCUGGUGCUUGGAAUAGCAUUCUCACCUGGUGGUUUCCUCCUGAUGAAGAGUACCAGAUCCGUUGGAGCCCCAGUGAGGAAUGGAUUGAGGUCAAAGUGAUCCGUAUCGCAAAGCGCCCUGAUGAGACCAGAGUUACCUCCACCCCCGUUUUCAUGGUUCGGUGCUACGGCGGCCACCCAGCAGCUCCACAGCUGGGAAUUCCGGACACUGCGAUGAGACAGAUGACUGGAAGCAUCAGACGGAUGACUGCCUCCCUGAGAGCCAAAACCUCCGCAAAGCACGCUGCGAUUGGUAGUGGUAAUAUCGUUUACCUUUACGAAGUUGACCCCGACACGGCUGAGCUCCGCACCUCCACUGAGUCGCCCGGUGCUUACUUCCUCAGCGCAUCCAGCCCGGAGUUGCAGGAGUUCUUGGACAAUGUCAAGCUCCGGUUUGCGAAGGAAUGGGGUCACCCAUACUCCCGGCACUGUAAAGAUCACUUUAUUGAGCUGGAGGACGCUGACAGCAACAAUGAAGGCGAUGAGGAGGUUGGUGAGGGAGAAGAGGAGGAGGAAGAGGAAGAUGGGGAGGAAAGUGAAGGCGAGCUGAGCUUACAGCAAAGCCUGUAUUGGGAAGGUGGUCCGCGCAUGCAUGGCUACAUGAGCGGGAGGCGUGUGGUACGUGCUUCGCCCGAAACUGAAGAUAAUUGA